UGCGAAAGACGAGGAAAUGAAUGGAACAGUCGUUGAGCUUGCCGCGAACAGUAGAGAGUUCCGUGCUGCUAGGUUAGACGGCAUGUCUAGACUGUCUAGAUUAUGAAAGCAAGGCAUAGCCGACUUAUAUCGGAUCGUUCAAAAGCUCCACUUGUAUGGACUUUGCACGGCAAUAAGCGGUCUUUGGCAAGUCGAACUGGAGAUAAGUGGUGGCAUUUUAGACUGGAGACGGUAGGGGAAAUAUGUUGCACUACUACGGCUACCUACACACGUCACAUUUCGUCAUUUCGGCGGUUAUAUAGACUCGCCAUACUUCUCCUCCUUAUUCAGUUAAUCAAAUUAUUCCUUACACCUGUCAAGUACUAGCGUUUCUAUUCACAUCCUUAAAACAUGACCGACUACGAAUUCCAAGGCUGGCUCGGCGAGGACGAGAAAUCC